ACCUGACACGUUUAUGAAUUUAGUUGUAUUUAUAUAAGUUUACGAGAAAAUUAUGGCGUUUGCUAUAAGCAGAGCAAGUUGCUUGCUUUUCCGCGUGAGCAGCGGUUCGAGAAACAAUUACAAAAAUUUCAAACUCUCAAAGGUAUGCACAGUUGAUUUUUCUGUCAAAGCCAAUAUUCCUGAGGUAGAAGAAGAGACACCAAAGUUAACUUCACCCGUAGGAGAUGGAAAAAUAUUCAAAUGUAUCAAUGAAGUCAUAUGUGAUAUAGCAGACGGUGCUAAGCUUCUGGUUGGUGGAUUCGGACUUUGUGGCAUUCCAGAAAAUUUAAUUGCGGCUAUACUUAAAAAAGGUACAAAGGAUCUAACUGUUGUCUCGAAUAAUGCUGGAGUAGAAGAUUUUGGCCUGGGUAUACUUUUGAAGGAACACAGGAUAAAGAGGAUGAUAGCUUCCUAUGUUGGUGAAAAUCCUGAAUUUGAGAAACAGUAUCUCAGCGGUCAAUUAGAAGUUGAACUGACACCUCAGGGCACAUUAGCUGAACGUAUUCGUGCAGGUGGAGCAGGUAUACCAGCCUUUUACACUCCCACUGCCUAUGGAACUCUAAUUGAAGAAGGUAAUGUUGUUGUGAAAUACGACAAAGAUGGAAAAGCAGAAAUAUCUGGCAAACCGAGAACUGUGGCAGUAUUCGAUGGUAAACACUAUCUUAUGGAAACUGCGAUCACUGGAGAUUUUGCCCUUAUAAAAGCAUGGAAGGCGGACAAAGCUGGAAACUUGAUCUUCCGGAAAUCAGCCAGAAAUUUCAAUCCGGUGAUGUGCAAAGCAGCUAAGGUGGCAGUUGCUGAAGUAGAAGAGAUUGUAGAGAUCGGUGAACUGGAUCCUGAGCAUGUACAUUUACCUGGUAUCUACGUAGACAGAAUUGUUCAAGGUCCAUCAUAUGAAAAGCGUAUAGAGAAAUGCUACACUCGACAAAAUAUGAAACCUAAAAAGGUGACGCCAGCCAGCAAAGCAAGGGAUAGGAUCAUCAAGCGUGCUGCCCUCGAAUUCAAAGACGGAAUGUAUGCCAAUUUAGGAGUUGGUAUACCAGUGCUUGCGUGCAAGUACAUUCCCAAGAACGUUAAAAUAACCUUGCAAUCGGAGAACGGUAUUCUUGGGCUUGGUCCCUAUCCGAACGAAGAUGAAGUUGAUGCAGACUUGAUCAAUGCUGGAAAGGAAACAGUCACGGUAUUACCUGGAGCGUCGUACUUUAACAGCGAGGAAAGUUUCGCCAUGAUUCGAGGGGGUCACGUGAACUUGACCAUGCUCGGAGCAAUGCAAGUAUCAGAAACGGGUGAUCUGGCUAACUGGAUGAUCCCAGGAAAGCUGGUGAAGGGAAUGGGAGGCGCGAUGGACUUGGCUGCUGCGCCAGGCACAAAAGUAGUGGUGACAAUGGAGCACAAAGCUCGCGAUGGAAGUCCAAAAAUUCUGAAAAGCUGCACGAUGCCGCUGACAGGCCAGCAUUGCGUGGACUUAAUAAUCACAGACAUGGCAGUGUUCGAAGUAAUGAAGGGAGAGGGAUUGAAACUCAUCGAGAUUGCACCAAAAGUCGAAUUAAGCGACCUCGUUAGCUCUACUGGUUGUGAAUUCGCGGUGGCCGAUGAUCUUAAAGAGAUGAGACAGGUGGAUGUAGAAGACUGCGAAUAGGAACGGUAAC